AACGGUUUCCAUGUACUGUAAUUAUACACAACACGUAACACCCAUAUUGCAUGGUUGCGUGUCCAUGUGUUUGUCCAUGUCCAUACCUCUGUCAGGCGGGGACCAGCGGUCCCCAACCGACAAGACCAGACCAGAAAUGAGUCAAGCGUCUUGACAUGUAUUAAAUGUCAUAGACCAGGGGUGUCCACACUUUUUUGGCUUGGGAGGUACUACAAAUGACCGGGGUAAAGUGAUCUACCUACAUUGAAAAAUACUUCUAUGUAUAUUCUAUGAAUCCUUACUUUAGCCCUUGUGAUUAGCAUCCUAAAAUAUAGUUAAAUCUAUCAUUUUUAAUUUUUUUGUUUCUUUAAAUGUAAUUGCUCAGGAUCUAUCCGCACUACCUUUGAGAUCUACUGGUAGAUCCCGAUCUACUCAUUGGGCACCCCGGUCAUAGACAGAUGUGACAGAGGGAAUCUGGUCAUUUUUCAAAAUAAAACGUUGUUCAGAAUCAGAUAAUAAAUAAAACAGAAAUAACGUAAGUUAUGCAUUAUUUCUAUGCGGCCCAGUACCAAUUGACCCACGGACCGGUGCCGGAGACCACUUGAAUAGAGGAAGGAGACAAGGUAGUGUAGUGGUAGGACGAGGAACUGCAGCCACACCAAACAAAGGUUCUGAAACAUCAGGUCAUCAGUGCAGAAAGAAUGAAAAAAAGAUAAAAUAGUGAUAUUGAUAGUUUAAUGGUGUGAUGAAAAUAAACCAGUUCACCUACUAUACUGUCUGUACAGUAUGAUGUCACCUGUUCCUUUUAUCUACUUUGAUGUGACAUGUUUGAGACAUGAGGUAUAAGUUAGUUCCCAUUACCAAACGUAGCCACAAUUUAUUCACACAGUGAUGUCAACAACAAAUCUAACGACUGAUGCGAUGACGCUAACGUCCUCCCCAAAACAACACAACACCUGAACCAGCCCUGGGUUUGUUUGUUUGUUUGUCCGUUUAUCCACAGUAGAUCAAGACAGAACAUGGAGCUGAUGGAGGACACAUACAUGGACAUGCCAGAGAUGCAGGCCCUUCUGUUCGUCAGCAACACAGUCUACUUUGUCCUCCAGAGGACGGACGCACUCAGACGCCUGUCCAAAGAAGAAACCACCUUCCACAUCAAACGUCUGGCCAACCGCACCAUGAGGGGACUUAGCUUCGUAGAGGGACACCUGCCAGACAACGACGAGGCCUGGCCGCUGUCCAAGGACAUGGUAGAUGAGCUGGAGAGCGAGUACGGCAACAAAGUGGUGCACAUGCUGCUGGACACGCAUCGGUUUGUGGAGGCCGCUGUCGUCCUCUGCCUCUACAGGAACAUAAAGAUGUUGUUUGAGGAGAAAGAGCAGACUUGUUCUCCCAGCUGCAGCAGGUGUCUGGUCUUCUCACUGGUUCCUGUUCUGAUCCUGGUUUCUAUUGGUCUGUUUUUUAUUUUCAAGUUUUAGCUUUCUGCACAUACAGUAGGAGACGUACGGUUUAAAGAGCAGAGAGAAGACACAGUGACAGAGUGUAGAUACGAUAACGGUCGGUGUCACUGCAGGAGAUUUGGAAAGACAGAGGCAGAUGAUUGGCUGACACCAAAGGAAACAGCACAGUAUUCCAUAAACACCAAUCCUCCAUCCAUCCAUCCAUCAACCACUUUAUAUCCAGUUCACAUGGACUCGUUCAUCUUUGUCAAAGAUUCAUUGGCAGCAGUUCAAUGACCCUGGUACUGUUGGUCUGUCAAAGGUCGUCCCAUAAGACCAGAAUACUUUUCAUCAGGAAAGAAGGUUUUCUUUAGCAGGAAAUCAACGAGCCAGCAGAUAUUUGAGAUUCUUCCCUCAGACAUUUUAAUCAAGUUCAGAUCCUGUCAGUGACGAUAACCAUAGUACCAGGAAAUGAUAGUACCAAGAAGAAGACAUUAAUCAGAUGACCAUGUGUGUCAUACACCCAACUCUCCAGUCAUCAGCAACCAACACCACCCUUAGGGAUAGUACCGAUAACUAGCAAUAGGAGCUAGAGUGGCACAGUGGUAGGAAGUGGUUUUGGGUUCCAUUCCACUUUGUGGGAGAUGAACAGGGUACAAAGCAAUUGAAAUCCAACACACAAACAUUUAUAAAACAGGUGGAAAUAUAUAAAAUCUAAUCACAUACCACUAGAGGGAGUCCAAGUACCACUCACGUACGUAUUUUUGUUUUAAAACUACUGGCCUAAAUCAUUCUUAAACCUCCAAUCAUACUGUAUGGGAUUGCAGGAACAGCAAUAAUGUAAAAGACCAGCCGAGGGCAGUGUUGGACUGGUGCCAAUGGCUGCUCCAUCAUGCUAGCCCUGAUGGCUGCUCCAUCAUGGUAGCCCUGAUGGCUGCUCCAAACAGCUGAAUCAGGAGGGUUUCAAUUGCAGGUUGUGUUUAGAUAAAGACACACCUUCACACAAACACAAACGCCCAGUUCACACCUUUCAUGUCCGUUCAAACAUCGCUAACCUUAAUAAAACCGCAAACAUGUUUGACGCGUACAAAUAUUUGAGCAAACUUUACGGGAAAGUUCAGUGGAUUUUUUUCAUUCCAGCACAAAUCAUUAAUUUAUUAAUGAAAAAAUCUAAACAAGCUAAAGCUGAUGUCAUUCAAUAGUGUUUCACCUUGACAUUAGUUUCAUUCCUUCUCCCUAAGUUACUGCAGGUUUUCAGUGGUUUUCAGGUCCUGGCUCAGGGAGCUGGGAGUACACACCAGGUUCUGUCUCUAGUUCCUGUCUUUGGUUCCCACGAAGAUAGUUCCCAGUAGUCCUGUCACCAGUAUCUGCAGCGGAAGCACACCUAGUUCCUAUCAGUAAGAAGGGACAAAUUACUACUGUCCUUUGUCACUGGUACUGAGGUGGAAAAAGAUAUUUUAGUAUAGUAGUAAUGUUGUCAUUAUGAUACUACACCUUGGUUGGGAAUGCACUUUCAAAUACUUAUGUAUCUGUAACUUUCAAAUACUUAUGUAUUUGAAAGUUUUAAAUACUUUCAAAUACUUUUACAAGUAUACUUUUACAAAUUCUGGUGGCGGUGGUUGCUCACAUAGUACUUACUAAUAUCCCUAGUCCCCAGUACUAGUUUCUACAGUUGACAGUGAUAGUACAUAGGUCCAGUAGUACAUAGUUAGAAAAUAAACCUCAGCAAUGGUGGCCAGUAGGGGGCUCUGUUUUCAUGUUUAUAUUUACCGUAGCUGCUGUUGCUACAUAACAGUCACACGUCAACCUUUAUUUAUUUACUCUCCUGUAAUUGUUCGCCCUGUGCGUCAAAUCAAACACCCAGUUAUCAUUCUGUACUGUAUAAACAAUCAUUUGAACACUGCUGUACAUAGAUUAGCAUAUAUGAAGGUAAGUCAAAAAGUUCCAAGACAGAUGUAGAACCAUUUCAAUAAUCAGAGAAAAAAUGCAUCUUUAACCAAACUAAAGGUUUUUGAUCUCACUCCACCUGAAGGUUGCUUCAUCUUCAUAGAGAAGACACAUCAUCAGAUGUGUCUUCUCUGGCAGAAAUGACAGCUCUGCUGCCACCUACUGGAAUAGUACUUAAUUGUUGUGCCUGCCAUUGUGACACAGGGGAAUUAAGACAUUAUUUGCAGCAAAUAAAAAAUUGUUUUCAGACCAAUUUUCCACAGGACAUGUGGGGAUCUCUCACAGCAUACUAAUGUGCUGCCACCCAGUGGUUGAAAAUCAUUUGACCUUCUGGUCAACAUUAUGAAAUCCUGUAGCAAUUUUGACCCCUCUUUUUCCUCUUGCAUAAAAAUGAACUUGUGACGGUAGUUCUUUACUAUCAGGAUGCUAAAGCAAGACACUAAAUGUCUCCUGAUGGCCUGAAAGCGUCCAACAACGUAAACCAUUCAAAUUAUCAGAAGUGACAGGAACCACGUGGAGACAACCCAGGUGGGGGCAGUACACCCAAGCAUCACUUCCUUCUACCUCUGAUGAUGGCGUCUUCUGCGUCUCUUCUCGUAACUCGCGUCCUUAAAUCAGAGAAAUGAAGAUAAUUGACUGUUUGACGUACCUAUGAGUAAGACAAAUGUUGAAUAAAAGUAAAUAUCCUUGUUUACCGACAAUGAAUAGCUGUACUCUCCACCCUUCAUCCUGUGAAUCCGUGUGGCACCGCCUUGCUCAAAGGCACUGUGUCAAAACUGAUCGAGGACUGGGAAAUGUCAGACCAAAGGCCCAGAUCUCCCCUUUCAGGAAUUCAGCCAUUCACACUCACAUUCACACCUGUUAGUGUGAAUUUAGAGUGAACAAUUUGUCAUGUUUUUGGAGCAACUGGAAAAAAAACCACAUGAACUCGAACCAACAACUUUAACUGGUAAAAAAUGUUUGCCCAAAACCAGGUGAAUAAUUAAAUCACGAGAGAAGAAAGAAAAGAAAAAGACAAUGAACCAACACCAGGAAUAUUUGACUGGGAAUUGGUGAUAAUAAAUCAAUACACUGAUGGAGGAGAUUGAUACAGUAUCAGGAAAGGAAAUCUGGUGACACAUCAGUGACUGAUAUUUUCUCACAGCCUCAGCUGAGACUGAUCUGGUGAAUUAAAAUGACAAUUUCCAUCUUCCAAAAAAACAGACACUUCUGUUGUUUCAGUGCCGACCAGUUUUAGAAACUUCUGUUUUCAUCUACACUGACCCUCUGACUGAAUCUGUGUUAAACUAAUGAAUAUUUCAUCUACAGGACAUCACCCUCUCAAACCAAAGGUAAAAAAUAGAAGCUAGAUACAGGAAAACUCUGAUCCAUCAGAUGUUCACCACAGUGGACCAUCUGCCUCCAUCCCACCCUCCAGCUCCAUGUCCUCUUUCUCCGGUCUCUUCACCUCCAACACCUCCACUGUCUCUCCUCAGCUCAGAGCUAAACCAUCUCCACCCCACCUUCUCUGACUCCAUCUCCUGUCCAUCCUGGUCACCCCCAGUGAAGAUCUCAACACGUUCAUCUCUAACUCAGAUUCUACUGUUUAUGUUUAUAGUGUAGCGGCUAUCACACCUGCCUUACACCCAGAAGGUUAUGGGUUUGAGCCCCAGUAGAACCACAUACUCUAGCCUCCUCAACUAUCAUGAAUGACCCAUGACCCUGGUCCCCUCACACUGCUCUUCAUCUCUGUUGAGUACUGUCCAUCGAGCUCACUGGGCCACACUGGUGAUUGUGGGCCGGCCCCUUAUUUCAAUGCAAUUAGCUGGGUCAUGAUGUAUAACCCUGCAGCCCUCACGUGGUGAGGGGCCAAAGGAGGGGGUUAAAAGACAAUUGGGGGUUGGACCAAUCACAGCCAAAGCCCUCUCCCCAGUGGGCUAGUCUCGGCUCAAAAUGCCAAGGUCGAUACGUUGGUCGACUGCUGACCCUAACCCACCCACCCCCAGAGUGAUGACAUCAUCAUUCAUUUAGUCUACGUACGGCACAUUACGAAAACGCACUCACAAACACAGAGGCUCUGUGAAAACAGAUCCUGACAGGAUCCACAUCCUGGAGCCAGACUGCCGAGUCAUCAACACCAGCCAAACAAACAGCCUCUCCUCCUUAGAGCAACACAGGGUUGUGUUCACACCCCAACUAUGAUCUGCACUGAGCUGAUGGAGUGACGGGCGUGGACCACGGUGUGUCCACGCAGGGAACCAUGAGCCACAGUUGUCCCACGGUCAAUAUCAUGUCUCAAACAUCUGUUUGUUUUUCCCCUUACUUUUCUAUGAGUGUGUGUGUGUAUGUGUGGUUUAAUUGCAACAACGAGACUUGAUGGUGACAGGAAAUAGAUUCAAGAAAACAUCCGUUGUCAACCUGGGGACUUGGUGCUACACUUUAAAGGAUUCUCGUAUAAGAAGUACUAUCAGUACUAGCCUUCAAUGGAUACUAUAGUAUUUUACUACAGUAUCUUUCGUGUCUAUAAGUGGCUGCUAUAAUGUUUUUAUCGCUGGCUUUGUUUGUGACAAAAAGUAAUUUAAAGCUACAAAUUUUCAUGUAAGUGCUGGUGGAGGAAGCAGUGUUUGUGUAUAUAUAUAUACAUACAGUAUAUGUGUGUGUGCACACUGCUGGCCAUCUUGAACAGUGCCACUCUGCAUCAAUCAUCAGAGACUGUUUUGUCACAGGCUCCGCCUCCAAAGAGCAGAACAACAAAUUAAAAAUUAUUUUGUCUAGUCUAAUUGCUAGGGGGGGGCAAAUGACUGGUGGAUGUACAUGCAACAGCAUGCAGUAGAUGCAACAACUGUGCAAUAACUAUAAAACCGUCCCCUGUUCUUUUCUUCUUCUGUCACUAGAACAACAGUAGAACAACAGUUUCUGCGUCGCUACGAUCAGAAACAUUGAUUUUCUUAAAGGUCUUUAAAGAGAGAGUGGUUCACCGACGCCCCCUUCUGUCUUCUCUACCUACAGUCUCCAUAUUAAUUAACCCUGUUAUUUGAAGGUUUGUUGAGUCGGUGCCACAUCACUGCCUCUGUUGUUUUGGUUGUUGCUGCUGCUGCAGUGAACCACUGAAUUAAACAGCCCGUCACCGUCCCACGGACUUCUUCUUCUUUUAAAACAGAAUUAUGUCGAUGAUAUUAUUUAUUAUCUGACUUUGUGAUGUAAAAAUAGUCAAGAGCUAGUCAAUACUGAUAGAUGAGACUGAAUUUGUCAGUAUCACCAUCGGCUCCUGAAGUACACGUUAGAUUUUUCCUAACGUUACUGCAACAAACCUAACUUUUAAAUUCGACCGAAUGUUGAAGAGUUUCAGAUCGACGACAAAUCUUUCUUCAGCACCAACCUCAUCAACGAGAAUAAAUGAAAUGUAGUUGGGAAAAGAAAACAAAGAGAAACAGAACAUACACUCAGAGCAUGUACUGUGACCACUAUGUGUACUAUGGCACUGGAGUAUUUUCAAUGUUUACACCAAGAUGAAGCUUUUGUGUGACUAAAGUUUGAUUUGUCACAGUGAUGAUUUCACCUGUAGAUGGGGCUGAAAAUACUGUCAAAACAUCCCAUGCCAACACCAUGUGACGACCACUGAGUAAAAAAAACACAACGACCCCACUGGUACUAACAACUGGUACUCCUGAACACGCUGUGGGUCUUUAAUAUAACACAUAUAUUUUCUUGCACAACCUCCCCUUAGUGGUGAAGUGGUAGGUGCUCUUGCCUUACAGCAAGACGAGCACAAGUCCACAGUCCACAAACAUUAGGCUAAUGGUUUUUACUUGACUACAGGUGUGAAGGUUUGUGUAGUGAACCUGGUGAACCCCCCAGGAUGUUACCCCAACCCAUUCAAACCAGUCUGAACAACAACUGUUACAGUGGACCAGAACAGAGAGAGAGACGAGUACCAGGAAGGCCAAACCAGAGGCCACAAAUACUGGGCAGAACACCAGUGAAUACUCCACUACACUCCAACUGGCUUCUGACCACUGCUUCUUACGCUGACGACACAGUGCUACGUUUAUCUUUUUUUUUUUAAAAACAACAAAAUGCUAGUUAGUGGCUAUAUUUGACAUCAGAGACAGAGGUGGAGAUCCAGAGGUCUGAAACAGCACCAGGUGACUCUGAAGCACGUACAGGUGUCCAAUAAGAAGCUGGUUCAUGUUGUGCUGCACCUGAAUGAUGUUUUGGGUUAAGUUAACUGUAAAAAACUGGUAUAAUGUUCAGACUGUCAUGGUUUAAAGAGGACAGAACCAGAACUCAGCCUCUGUUUGAACCAAUCUUCUUAUCGUCUUCUGACAGACACAACGGAAAGAAUUCAAAUAAUUGUUAGUGCUGAAAAUGGUUGAAUUUACAUUCAAGCCCUGCUAAAUAUGUUCACUUUGGAAGUUAGUCAUCACAGGGCUGGUGAACUUUCUCCUCUGAUGAACAGAGAGAAACUGGAGUGGCAGCGAUGGAAGCCACAGAAUGUUUGCUGAGAAAACAAACAGUGGAACCUCCUGUACGGCCAAAGACGUAUGUCAAAGAUGAGGAGCUGCCGGAUCCUCCCUCCUCCACCACCUCCAUCACCAAGACGACGUAGCUCCACCUGGAUGCUUAGGACAGGUGGAAGGGGUUAUAAAGUCUGCUGUGCUCCAGCUCUGUCCUCCCAAACUGCUCCAGUCCUCUGGACCAACAUGGGGACUUCAAGAAUCCAGAAUACCUUCUGGUUCUUUUUCCUGACGCUGCUGGUCGGCGCUCACUCAGAGUCUCACCUCGACCAUGUGUGCACCACCUGGGGGCACUAUCACAUGAAGACAUUUGAUGGACACUUCUACCAGCUGCCCUCCACCUGUAACCACGUCAUGGCCAUGCAGUGCAACGCUUUGGAAGAAAAUUUCAACAUCCAAAUGCAACGCAAAGUUGUGGACGACAUCCCCACCAUCGACAAAAUCAUCAUGAAGAUCGAUGGAACCGUUGUGGAGAUCAAUAGAGACGGUCAGAGUGUCAACGGAAUUCCGGUGACUCUGCCACACAUCACCUACGGCGUGUCACUGAGGGGGACACAGUCCAGUAUCACUGUAGAAUCCAAAAUGGGGAUCAUUGCCAUCUGGAACCUGGACGACUCUCUGGACAUUGAAAUCGACGAGAAGUACAAGAACCAGGUCUGUGGGCUGUGUGGAAACUUUGAUGGUGUGUCCAGUGACUUUGUAGUCGAUGGGAUCAGUCUGACGCUGUCGGCCUUCGCCCAGAACUACAAAAUCAACGACCCCACCCAGUACUGUGAGGAGCCGGACAUACAGGAAGUGGUGGAGUGUGGGAACCAGACAUUCUGUGAAGGGUUCUUAAACAGUGUGGCGUUCGCUGACUGUUUAGAUGUGGUGAACGUCACUUCCUUCAGUCACAUCUGCAUGUCUGACAUGUGCAAUGCAGUCAACGACAGCAACGAGAUUCUGUGUCAAACCAUGUCAGAAUAUUCCAGACAGUGUAUCCACGGCGGCGGCCAACCUCAGCAGUGGAGGAAUCCAGACUUCUGCAACGUGGAGUGUCCAUCCAACCUGGUCUACUUGGACUGCAGCAGUGCUUGUCCUGACAGCUGCACCACGCCCCAGGCCAGUCUGACCUGUGACAACCACUGCCACGACGCCUGCGGCUGCCCUGCUGGAACCGUAUACGAUGAUAUCACAGACACCGGUUGCAUUGCACAGGAUCAGUGUGCGUGUAAACAUAACAACCAAGUGUACCAACCUGGAGAAACCUACACUGUCAACUGCAGAACCUGUGAGUGUCAGAGUGGCCAGUGGUCAUGUGUUGAGGAAAACUGUCCAGGAAGUUGCUCUAUUGGAGGCGGAGCCCACGUCAACACCUUUGAUGAAAAAGCCUACACCUUCCACGGGGACUGCACUUACGUCAUGACACAGACGUCCAACUCACUCUUCACUGUUCUGGUGGAACUUCACAAAUGUUCUCUGACUGACAGCAGCACCUGCCUCAAAUCUGUGACUCUGUCUCUCUACAACAACUCUGUGGUGAUCAAAGUUCUGGGGGACAGACAGAUCUUCAUCAACCAGAUCCAGUCACAGCUUCCACUUUUCACAGCGGAGGUCAGUGCCUUCAAACCAUCGUCCUUCUACCUGGUCAUGGACACCAAAGUUGGCUUACAGCUAAUGAUCCAGACGUCACCUAAGAUGCAGCUCUCCAUCAAGGCUAAACCUGCUCUCAGGGGCACCACAUCUGGCCUGUGUGGAAACUUCAAUGACAUCAUGAGUGAUGACUUCAAGGUCUCCAGUGGCCUGACUGAAGGAACUGCAGCUGCCUUUGUCAACACGUUGAAAACCUUAGCCACUUGCCCUGACAUCACCACUCGCUUCGAACACCCCUGCAGCCAGGGCAUCAACAAAGAGAGCUACGCCAGUUAUUGGUGCAACAAAAUGGGAGACCCCUAUGGAAUGUUUGCUCCAUGCCACCCCGUCAUCAGUCCCACCGGCUACAUAGAGAACUGCAUGUAUGACACGUGCAGCUGUGACCUGAGUGAGGACUGCAUGUGUGCCGCCAUCUCCUCGUACGCCUACGAAUGUUCCGCUGCAGGAAUCGCCCUGGAUGGCUGGAGGAACAGCAUCUGCGGUAAAUACACCAAUUGUCCAGAAGUGACACAGGUGUACAGCUACAACAUGACCACCUGCAUGAGAACCUGCCGCUCUCUGAGUCAGACCGACUACUCCUGCAUGGUCAACCACCCCACGGUGGACGGCUGCGGCUGCGAUGUGGGCAUGUACUUGAACGACGCCGGUGUGUGUGUGUCCAAGGGUUCUUGUCCCUGCUAUGACAAAGACACCAUCAUUGCACCAGGGGAGACCUACAACAAGGACAGCAUCACCUGUGUCUGUACCGAGGGCGCCCUCAGCUGUACAGGAGGAGAACUGACUGUGUGUCUUGCCCCAAUGGUCUACUUCAACUGCUCCGGGGUUCCUCCUGGAACCACUGGAAUAGAAUGUCAGAAGAGUUGCAGCACCAUGGACAUGAACUGUAUCAGUACGGGCUGCAUGUCAGGCUGCAAAUGUCCCGAUGGUCAGGUGUUGGACUCACACGGAAACUGCAUCAAUCCAUCCGACUGUCCAUGUUCGCACAACGGACAACUGUACUACCCUGGAGAGACACUGACUGUGGACUGCAACACCUGCCAGUGCAGCGACAGGAGGUUCACGUGCACAUCCAAAGUGUGUGACGCUGCGUGCGGGAUCUACGGUGACGGCCACUACAUCACCUUUGACGACAAGAGGUUCAACUUCAAUGGAGAGUGUGGCUACACACUCGUACAGGACUACUGCAACAGUGACCCGGCCAACGGCACCUUCAGAAUCAUCACUGAGAACGUCCCCUGUGGAACCGCAGGGACCACCUGCUCCAAGACUAUAAAAAUCUUCCUCAGGGACAAUGAAUACCAGUUCAAGGAUGAGGAGUUCCUGGUGGUGAAGGGCACAACCGAAGUGCUUCCCUCACAGAUUAGGAAAAUGGGUACCUACCUGGUGGCGAACAUCCAAGAAGGUCUGGUGCUGAUGUGGGACCAGAAGACCAGUCUGUUCGUGAAAAUCAGCCCAAUCUUCCAGGGCAAGAUCUGUGGUCUGUGUGGAAACUUCGAUGGCAACAGUAAGAACGACUUCAAAACACGGAACCAGGAGACUGUGACAGAUGUGUUGGAGUUUGGUAACAGCUGGAAGGUUUCAUCCACCUGUCCUGAUGCUGAGCUCAUCAACGACCCAUGCAGCUCCAACCCUUACCGUGCCGCCUGGUCCAAGAAGAAGUGCAGCAUUAUCACCAGUGUCACCUUCCAGGACUGUCACGCAAAGGUGGACCCUGGUCCAUACUUUGACUCCUGUGUCAGAGACUCCUGUGCUUGCAACAGUGGUGGAGACUGUGAGUGUUUCUGCACAGCCGUGGCCUCCUACGCCAAAGCCUGUAAUGAAGCGGGGGCCUGCGUCAGAUGGAGAACACCAAAGAUUUGCCCCAUUUUCUGUGACUACUACAAUGGUGAGGAGGGCUGUGAGUGGCACUACAAACCAUGUGGUGCUGACUGCAUGAAAACAUGUAGAAAUCCUUUGGGAAACUGUUCCAACCUCGUCACUGGACUGGAAGGGUGCUAUCCAAACUGUCCACCAACUGACCCAUACUUUGACGAGGACACCAUGAAAUGUGUUCCCUGGGAAAGGUGUGGCUGCUAUGACAACAAAGGAAACCAUUACAACAUCGGGGAUACAGUUCCAGCACCUAACUGCAACACCUGCUACUGUGCAAUGUCUGGGAUAUCAUGUCAAUAUAACGUCAGCGAGUGUAAGUGCUACCUAAAUGGAAAAUAUUACAGAUACGGAGAAAAGAUCUAUGACACCACAGAUGGACUUGGAAACUGUAUCACUGCUGAAUGUGGGGCAGAUGGGGAGGUAGACAGAGACGUCUACCCUUGUACCACAACACAGGCCCCAACCACAACUACGCCCUUCACCUUUAGCACAACAACAGAACAGACAUCGACAACAACUGCAGGUACCACCACAACCAUUGCAGGUACUACAACAACAACUGCAGGAACAACUACAACCACUGCAGGGACAACAACAACAACUGCAGGUACUACAACUACAACGGCAGGAACAACCACAACAACUGCAGGUACUACAACUACAACUGCAGGAACAACCACGACAACUGCAGGUACUACAACUACAACUGCAGGAACAACCACAACAUUGGCAGGUACCACCACAACUACUGCAGGCACAACCACAACUGCAGGUACUACAACUACAACCGCAGGAACAACUACAACCACUGCAGGGACAACCACAACCAUUGCAGGUACUACAACUACAACUGCAGGAACAACCACGACAACUGCAGGUACUACAACUGGAGGUACUACAACUACAACUGCAGGAACAACUACAACCACAGCAGGGACAACCACAACCACUGCAGGUACAACUACAACAACUGCAGGAACAACCACAACCACUGCAGGAACAACCACAACCACUGCAGGAACAACCACAACCACUGCAGGAACAACGUACUACAACUACAACUGCGGGAACAACCACUACCACUGCGGGAACAACAACAACUACUGA